UGCAUAUAUGUAUAUGUGUGUACACACAAAUAUAUAUAAGUAGUGCUGCUGGAUAAGCGAUUUAACACAAUUUCUUUAUCCUCCUCAACGUCCAAAGCGUGCAACAAGAUUAGGGUUAUUCUUUUACAUGCAACAAUGGAUCAUCAGAAACAAGGUAAAACAAAAAACAAGAUCCUGAAGUUUCUACCAAAAGCUGCUUCCGGUGUUUCUUUUCACAGCCGUCCUUACAGCCCUAACAGAGAAGCCGCCGCCAAGCUUAAAGCUCAAGGGCGGCGAGGGUUUUCCGGCCCCUUAAUGAUUCCAGAUCAAGUCCGAAGAAAACAGAGAAACGGAAGCUUUGACGGUCAGACACAAGAGGAGGAGCCGACUUCGCCGAAAGUGUCGUGCAUGGGACAGAUCAAGCACAAGAAGCACAUUAACAAGAUAAAUCGCGUUAAUUUGAUCCCUAAAGAUCGUCAAAAAUCAAAGCCUCCGGCACCGUGGUCGCCGCGUGAGAUCAAGAAGCACGGUUUUCAGUUCCGGAGGAUGUUUAGCAACAUUAACCCCGGAAGAAAAUCUGAAUCUGAUGCCAGUGAUCUUGAUCGUAGUCGGACGGCUCCAUCUCUUCCGGAUAUGGCGCCUUCGUUGAAUCAGAUGAAGAGAUUUUCAAGCGGACGUGGCCAUGCGUUCGAAAACUUCGAUUGGGAAUCUUCUCAUAAUAUUAUGAAUAAUCAUCGCGAUUAUUCGGAUGAAGAGAGAGAAGACAGCGAUGAGAGGGAAGAAGAUGUUAGAAUCGCAUUCUCAGCGCCUCUAGGGAUUGGAGGAAGAAAUCAAUUUCAUCAAGUUCCUUUGCAGCCAAAGAAAGAAAUCAAUCUAUGGAAGAGAAGAACAAUGGCACCCCCUAUUCCUCUAGAAUUGAAACCCAUGGUCUAAUUAAAUUGUUCAUAAUUGUUUCGGUUUAUCAUACAUUCUUUUUUAGAUUAGGGUUCUUUUUGGGUGUAAAAUUUUAUGGAAAAUUAUGUUAAUACAUACACAUGUAUUGGACAAAAGUUAGGAUCCAUAAGAUCUUUUUGGCCGCACGGUUUA